AUGAUAGAUGCUGCAGCGACAUUAGAAUACCUCCAUUUGGGACAUCCAAAUCCUAUAAUCCAUUGUGACCUAAAACCAAGUAAUGUCCUACUUGAUGGAGACAUGGUUGCACAUGUGGGAGAUUUUGGCAUUGCCAAAUUGUUGGGAGAAGUAGAAUCUAUGAAACAAACCAUGACACUUGCCACUAUUGGAUAUAUGGCACCAGAAUAUGGAUCAACAGGAAUUGUUUUUGUAAAAAGCGAUGUUUAUAGUUAUGGUAUUUUAUUAAUGGAAACCUUCACAAGAAGGAAACCCACAGAUGAAAUUUUUGUUGGAGAAAUGAGUAUGAAGCAUUGGGUGAAAGAGUCAUUAUCUAAUGAAACAAUUGGUGUUGCUGAUUCUAGUUUAUUACGAAGUGAGGAAAGACAUUUCAUGGCUAAAGCAAAUUGUAUAUCUUCUAUUAUGGAGUUAGCUUUGGAUUGUUCAGUUGAGUUACCUGAAAAAAGGAAAGAUAUGAAGGAUGUCACGACUCGAAACCUCCCUCAGGUUGUUAGAAUGGGUAUAAUAAUUGCUACUUUACUUGGCAUACUUGAUGCCAUCAACCUAAAAUAUUCAGGAUGUGGAUCGCAUUUAUGCACUGACAUAAAGGAUUUAAAGGAUAGUAGAAAGCUUGGUAAAAAUGAGUACAAGUCUGAAGCUUUUGAAAAGUUCAAAGAGUUUAAAGUUACGGUUAAGGAACAAACUGGGAAGAGUAUUCUCACCCUUAGAUCGGAUCGAGGAGGAGAAUAUCUUAGUCAGGAUUUUUUGGAUCAUCUAACGGAACAUGGGAUUCUAUCACAAUGGACUCCAUUUGGAACUCCACAACACAAUGGAGUGUCUGAGAGGAGAAACCAAACCUUGUUGGACAUGGUUCAUUCCAUGAUGAGUAGGGCAAAUCUUCUAAUAUCCUUUUGGGGAUAUGCCCUAGAGACUACUGCUUACCUUCUUAACAAUUCCAUAGUAAUUUUUCAGGAUUUUAGGAAAUGUUUUUAA